UGGUAGCACUGCAGUGUUCUUCCCUGUUUCUCCACCUGUCCCUGGUGCUCUUGCUCUCUGGGGUUGGGGUGGGAGUGUGGGUCAGUUUUUGUUCUGACACCGACUCAGGGGGCUUUGCCCUAGAGCUGUGUUCAUGGAAACUAGUUGCCCAAGCUGCAUUUUAAACUGUGGUGAACUGUUUUUCUCACUUGGUAGAAAGAGAGAAUGAGCUGAAACAUCCCUCCAUCAGGGAGGGGCUUUUCCAUGAUAAACAACAUGAUAUUUUCCCCAGAGAAAUCUCCCCUAACUUGUUACUGCCUUUUCCUCCUUGCACAGGUCCUCAUGCCCACAGGCAGCCAAUGUCCAACAGCAGCUCCAUCACCCAGUUCCUCCUCCUGCCGUUCACAGACACACGGGAGCUGCGGCUCUUGCACUUCUGGCUCUUCCUGGGCGUCUACCUGGCUGCCCUCCUGGGCAACGGCCUCAUCAUCACCACCAUAGCCUGGGACCAGCACCUCCACACCCCCAUGUACUUCUUCCUGCUCAACCUCGCCCUCCUUGACCUGGGCUCCAUCUCCACCAUUGUCCCCAAGUCCAUGGCCAAUUCCCUCUGGGACACCAGGGCCAUUUCCUAUUCAGGUUGUGCUGUGCAGGUCUUUCUGUUUUUGUUCUUCAUUUCAGCAGAGUUUUAUCUCCUCACCGUCAUGUCCUACGACCGCUACGUUGCCAUCUGCAAACCCCUGCACUACGGGACCCUCCUGGGCAGCAGAGCUUGUGUCCACAUGGCAGCAGCUGCCUGGGCCACUGGGUUUCUCACUGCUCUGCUGCACACGGCCAAUACAUUUUCACUGCCCCUGUGCAAGGGCAAUGCCCUGGACCAGUUCUUCUGUGAAAUCCCCCAGAUCCUCAAGCUCUCCUGCUCACACUCCUACCUCAGGGAACUUGGGCUUCUUGUGGUCAGUGCCUGUUUAGCUUUUACGUGUUUUGUGUUCAUUGUGGUGUCCUAUGUGCAGAUCUUCAGGGCCGUGCUGAGGAUCCCCUCUGAGCAGGGACGGCACAAAGCCUUUUCCACCUGCCUCCCUCACCUGGCCGUGGUCUCCCUGUUCAUCAGCACUGCCAUGUUUGCCAACCUGAAACCCCCCUCCAUCUCCUCCCCAACCGUGGACCUGGUGGUGUCAGUUCUGUACUCAGUGGUGCCUCCAGCAGUGAACCCCCUCAUCUACAGCAUGAGGAACCAGGAGCUCAAGGAUGCCCUGAGGACACUAAUGUCUGGAUUCUUGUCAAAGACAUUAGAAUUCCCAUAUUCUGCAUAUCACUCAUGACAUGACUCAUGACAGGUCCAACCUGUCUUUUUGUAUUUUGUAUUUGGGGAUGAUUGGAGUUGGGGGAAGGCUCAUUUGGAUUUGAUUUUUUAACUAUAAUAAUAUUGCCCACAAAGAAAUGUUCGUCCCGCUUUUAAUUGUCUGUACACCUUUAUACUUCAAGUCAAAGACCUUGUAAAUGAGAAGUCGUGCUCUCUGUGGAUCUAAACAAAAUAAACAACCCUGCAGUGAACUAUUUGUCUGAGAUCUUUCCUCUGCAACCUUUGUGAAGCUCAGCACAAGGUGUGUGUGCAAAGAUGGAGGAAACAGCCCCAAGAUAGCAGGUCUACCAGGCAGCACCAGCCUCGUUCUUUACAGAGUCAUU